AAAAAAUAAAAAAAUCCCUUUAGGGCACAAAGAGAAGAAGAAGCACUUCUGCAACAACAAAAAAAAGGAAAUUUCGCGGCUAAAUCAAUCGCUUCUACUGGUACUACGAAAUUGAGAAAAUUGGGGGUUUUUAGGUCUUGUUCCGUUGCAAUUUUGGAUCUUCAAGUUGAAGAAUUGUUGGAUGAAGCUAGAUACCCAAAUCUGGAUUUAGUUUUCAGGUGAAAUUUUUGUUGGAAGAAAUGGGGUCAGAAUCAGAUCAAUGUUUCACCAGAUUGCAUACACUUGAGAUAAAAGCCCUCAUUUACCAGAAAAUCGGCCAAUCAAGAGCAAAUACUUACUUCGAUCAUCUCGGAAAAUUCCUCACCUCGAGGAUAACCAAGUCCGAGUUCGACAAGCUCUGUAUCAACACGAUCGGUAGAGAAAACAUCAAACUUCACAACCGUGUAAUACACUCGAUCCUCAAGAACGCAAGUCUUGCCAAAACUCCCCCACCAAGAAGCAACAGUUUCGCAGCUUUCCCUGCUUCGCCUCGUAAAUGUAGGACGAGAAAACUUAGGGACCGGCCUAGCCCGCUUGGUCCACUUGGUAAGCCUCAGAGUAUCACAACAACGAACGACGAGUCAAUGUCGAAAGCGCGGCGACUUCUCGCCGCCUCUGUGGAAGACGGAGAAGAGGUUGAACAAAUGAAUGGAAGUCCGAGUGUACAGAGCAGAAGUCCGUUAACUGCUCCGCUCGGUGUUUCCAUCACCAGAGCUAGAAAGUCCGUUUUUAGUUCUUUACGCGGCGUUGAGAGUUGCCAUAGCAGCGGAGAGCUGCCUGAUACAAACACAUUAAGGGCUAGGUUGGAGAGGAAACUUGAGAUGGAAGGGAUAAAGUUAUCGUCGAUGGACACUGCCAAUGUUUUGAAUAUCGGGUUGGAUGCGUUUAUGAGAAGGCUGAUACAGCCUUGUUUGAGUUUGGCGAGUUCUAAUGUAUCGAUGUUGGAUUUUCGUGCUGCCAUGGAGUUGAAUCCUCGGGUUCUUGGAGAAAAUUGGCCUAUACAUCUAGAGAAGGUUUGUUUUCGUGGCUUGGAGGAGUAAAGUUGUAGAAAAGACAGCUAUUGUUUAGUGAUACACCGGUGAUAUCUUUGAUUGAUAGAUUUGAUUCUUUCCUGUAAUUUGGAUGGAAUUCCCAUUAGUGAGUUCUUGAAGAAAGCUUUUGAUGGGAAACACAAAGAGGCUUGGAGGUUGUACAAGUUCUGAUAGAUAUAUAAUAUAUAGUUUUAUAUACCA